AUGGCGCAACAGCAGCAACAGGUCGCCUUGGAGCGGCUCGACUCUAUAACCCGAGGCCUGCGAUCGCGGAUCUCCGACGAUGUGCGGAAGCGUUCGGCGACACAGCUCCGUGAGCUCGUCGUUGUAUGCCAUCGAGAUCUGAGCCCCGAGCUGUUCCUCGCCUUCUAUAAUGCCGUCAACAACAAAGUCACACAACUCAUCACCCACGGCGGCGAUUCUUCCGAGCGACUCGGUGGCAUCUACGCCUUGGAUGCCCUCAUUGAUUUCGAUGGCGUGGACGUAGGCGUCAAAUACACUCGCUUCACCCAGAACCUAAAAACGAUCCUGCGCGGAAAGGACAUCAACCCUAUGCAACCUGCCGCCACCGCUCUUGGAAAGCUUUGCCGACCCGGAGGCUCUUUAAUAUCCGAGUUGGUCGAUUCCGAAGUAAACACCGCUCUCGAAUGGCUGCAAAACGACCGCGUCGAGGAGCGGAGAUAUAGCGCUGUCCUCGUCCUGCGAGAGCUCGCCCGAAACGCACCCACCCUGAUGUAUCAGUACAUCCCGACCAUCUUCGACUGGAUCUGGGUUGGCCUUCGAGACUCGAGGCAACUCAUCCGCGCCACCUCGGCCGAGACCGUCAGCGCCUGCUUCCGAAUCCUUCGCGAGCGAGACCAGGAGAUGAAGCAAUUAUGGAUGAGCAAGAUCUACAACGAGUCCAAGCAGGGUCUCAAGGUUAACACCGUCGAGUCUGUCCACGGAUCGUUGCUUGUGCUGAAGGAGCUUCUCGAACAAGGAGCCAUGUACAUGCAGGAGCACUACCAACAAGCUUGCGAAAUCGUCUUCAAGCACAAAGACCACCGGGACCCGACCAUCCGGAAGACAGUCGUACUCCUUAUCCCCGACCUGGCAAGCUACUCACCGGCUGAUUUCGCCAACGCCUGGCUGCACAAGUUCAUGGUCUACCUGUCCAGUAUGCUUAAGAAGGACAAGGAACGCAACGAUGCCUUCCUGGCCAUUGGAACCAUUGCCAACUCUGUCAAGAGCGCCAUUGCCCCUUACCUCGAUGGCGUUCUCAUUUAUGUGAGAGAAGGCCUGAGCAUCCAGUCCCGUAAGAGGGGAUCUGUGGAUCCAGUCUUUGACUGCAUCAGUCGGUUGGCUGUAGCUGUUGGGCAGACCCUCAGCAAGUACAUGGAAGCGCUGCUGGACCCCAUUUUCGACUGUGACCUCACCCCCAAGCUUACUCAGGCCUUGGUGGACAUGGCAUUUUAUAUCCCGCCUGUGAAACCCAUCAUCCAAGAAAGGCUGCUCGACAUGCUGAGUGUUGUCCUUUGCGGCGAACCCUUCAAGCCUCUUGGCGCACCGCAGCCCAAUACCCUCAGUUCAGUUCCCAUUAUUACCAGAGACGCCAAGGAUCCCCAGGCCUACGAGCACCGUAGAGCGGAAGUCAAGCUGGCACUCAACACUCUCGGAAGCUUCGACUUUGCCGGCCAUGUGCUGAACGAGUUUGUCCGCGAUGUUGCCAUCAAAUACGUCGAAGAUGAGGAUCCGGAAAUCCGAGCAGCUGCUGCCCUUACCUGUUGUCAACUCUACGUUCGCGACCCCAUCGUCAGCCAGACCAGUUACCACGCCCUCCAAGUUGUCGGCGACGUGAUUGAGAAGCUUCUGACAGUCGGAGUAUCCGACCCUGAGCCCAACAUUCGGCGCACCGUUCUGGCAGCUCUCGACGAGCGAUUUGAUCGACAUCUGGCCAAGGCCGAGAACAUCCGAAUCCUCUUCUUCGCACUGAAUGAUGAAGUUUUUUCUAUCAGAGAAGUUGCCAUCUCGAUCAUCGGUCGACUGGCGAGGUUCAACCCGGCCUACGUCAUCCCCUCACUGCGGAAGACUCUUAUCCAGAUGUUGACGGAACUCGAGUUCUCUGAUGUCGCCCGAAACAAGGAGGAGAGCGCCAAGCUGUUGAGCCUUCUUGUGCAAAACGCACAAGGUCUCAUCAAGCCAUAUGUCGAGCCCAUGAUUUCAGUUCUGCUGCCCAAGGCCAACGACCCGAAUCCUUCUGUUGCUGCUACCAUUUUGAAGGCCAUUGGUGAGCUUGCAACUGUGGGCGGCGAAGAUAUCCUGCCCUACAAGGAUCGUUUGAUGCCCCUCAUCAUCGACGCUCUGCAGGAUCAGAGCUCCAACUCGAAGCGCGAGGCCGCCCUCCAUGCUUUGGGUCAGCUCGCCAGCAAUUCCGGAUACGUCAUUGAGCCAUACCUCGAAUACCCCCAACUGCUCGAGAUUCUUCAGGGGAUUAUCCGAACAGAGGGUCAGCGAGUGCCUCUAAGACAAGAGACUAUCAAGCUGAUGGGAAUUCUGGGUGCUUUGGAUCCUUACAAAUAUCAGCAAGUCGAAGAGCGAACACCCGAAGUUCAACGACGUGUCGAGUCGAACCAGAUGACGGACAUCUCAUUAAUGAUGACUGGUCUGACUCCUUCAAACAAAGAGUACUUCCCCACUGUUGUGAUCAAUGCUCUGCUCCAAAUUCUGAAGGACACUUCGCUGGUCCAACACCACGCAUCUGUGAUCGAGGCGAUUAUGAACAUCUUCCGCACUCUGGGAUUGGAGUGUGUUUCAUUUCUUGAUAGAAUCAUCCCUGCUUUCCUGCUCGUUAUCAGAUCUUCAACUUCAACGAGACUGGAGUCAUACUUUAACCAGUUGGCGACUCUGGUCAGUAUCGUCCGUCAGCAUGUUAGGAAUUAUCUGCCUGAGAUCGUUGAGAUUCUGCAGGAGUAUUGGCACACCUCUCCGUCACUCCAGACUACCAUCUUGUCUCUCGUCGAAGCCAUUUCGAGGUCACUGGAGGGAGAGUUCAAGAUCUACCUCGCCGGCCUUCUUCCUCUCAUGCUUGGAGUUCUUGACAAAGACACCUCUGUAAAGCGGGUACCAUCUGAGAAGGUGCUGCACGCAUUCUUGGUGUUUGGGGCUAGUGCUGAAGAGUACAUGCAUCUGAUCAUCCCUGUUAUCGUGCGGACGUUUGAGAAGCAAGGACAGCCCGCCUUCAUCAAGAAGCAAGCCAUCGACACUAUCGGAAAGAUUUCACGCCAAGUCAACCUGAACGACUACGCCGCAAAGAUUAUCCACCCGCUCACAAGGGUACUGGACGGACCAGACACCACUCUUCGGAUUGCGGCGCUGGACACGCUUUGUGCGUUGAUCCAGCAGCUUGGCAAGGACUAUCUUCAUUUCAUGGGUACUGUCAACAAGACGAUCAACCUGCACCAGAUCCAGCACCAAAACUACGAACUCUUUGUGAGCAAGCUCCAGAAGGGUGAGGUGCUGCCUCAGGACCUCUCUGAGCAUCGGUAUGUCGACGGGCUCGAGGAACCCCCUUUCGCAGACCAAGGAACCAAGAAGCUUGAGAUGAACGCCAUUCACCUCAAGGCAGCCUGGGACACGAAGGGAAAAUCUACAAAGGAAGAUUGGCAAGAGUGGCUGCGAAGAUUCAGCACCACCCUCCUCACGGAGUCGCCCAACCACGCCCUCCGAGCCUGUGCCAGCCUCGCCAGCGUGUACUUGCCACUGGCGCGUGAACUUUUCAACUCGGCCUUUGUUUCAUGCUGGAGCGAGUUGUAUGAGCAGUUCCAAGAUGAGCUUAUCCAGAACAUUGAGAGUGCUAUCAAGUCGGAGAAUGUGCCUCCGGAUCUGCUCGGUCUCCUCCUCAACCUGGCCGAGUUCAUGGAGCAUGACGACAAGGCCCUCCCAAUCGAUAUUCGGGUCCUUGGUCGAGAGGCAGCCCGCUGUCACGCUUACGCCAAAGCUCUGCAUUACAAGGAGCUGGAGUUCUUGCAAGAUCAGAGCAGUGGUGCGGUCGAAGCCCUGAUCGUUAUUAACAACCAACUCCAACAAUCCGACGCCGCCAUUGGUAUUCUCCGCAAAGCACAGCUGUAUAAGGAGGGUAUUCAGCUACGCGAGACGUGGUUCGAGAAGUUGGAGCGUUGGGAAGAAGCUCUGGCUUUCUACAACAAGCGAGAGGCGGAGGUGCCCGAGGACCAAGCCAUUCCUGUUGAUAUCGCCAUGGGAAAGAUGCGUUGCUUGCACGCCUUGAGCGAAUGGGAGGCUCUCGCCAGCUUGACUGGCGCUACCUGGGCCAACUCGACGCCCGAGAUUCAGCGCAUGAUUGCGCCUCUGGCUACUGCUGCCGCCUGGGGCCUAGGCAAAUGGGAUUCAAUGGACAACUACCUGUCGUCGCUUAAGAGAUACUCGCCAGAUCGAUCCUUCUUUGGAGCCAUCUUGGCCCUUCACAGGAAUCAGUUCCGAGAGGCGCUCAAUUGUGUUCAGCAAGCUCGUGAGGGCCUUGACACGGAGCUCAGCGCACUCGUGAGCGAAUCGUAUAACCGAGCUUACCAAGUCGUCGUGCGAGUACAGAUGCUUGCUGAGUUGGAGGAGCUCAUCGUCUACAAGCAGUGCGAUGAGAAGAAGCAAGCCAUCAUGCGACGUACCUGGGAGACUCGACUGAAGGGUUGCCAGCGUAAUGUUGAGGUCUGGCAGCGCAUGCUUCGAUUGCGCGCAAUCGUCAUCUCACCCGCCGAGAACAUUCACAUGUGGAUCAAAUUCGCCAACCUCUGUCGAAAGUCUGGUCGCAUGGGUGUGGCCGAGAAGUCACUGAAGCAGCUUAUUGGCAUCGAAGCCCCGUUGGAGAGCAUGAUUCCUUACUGGACAGAGAGGCAGAAUGGCCCAGGACCUCGCAACACUCCUGCCCAGGUCAUCUACGCCGUGCUCAAGUAUCAGUGGGAGCUGGGACAGCAGCCUGGACUGCGACAAUCAGGCAUCGCUGAGAAAACACUGUAUUGUCUGCGUAAGUUUACCAACGAUACUGCGCAUAGACUGGACGUCGCCAAGGCACACCUGACGGCUCAAGCCGGCAACGAAAUGAACAUUCCGACCGAGUACGGCUUCCAGAACCAGAUGGACCCGGCGCUCAUGAGCCCCCAGACUCAACGCGCGUUGUACGACCAGACGGUAUUGCUUGCCAAGUGCUACCUGCGUCAAGGCGAGUGGUUGAUUGCCCUCAGUAAGGACGACUGGCAAUACACCCAGGUACAAGACAUCUUGACUUCGUACUCGCAGGCGACCAAGUACAACCCCCGGUGGUACAAAGCCUGGCAUGCGUGGGCAUUGGCCAACUUUGAGAUCGUGCAAGCUCUCACAGCAAGGAACGAAGGCCACAUGACACGGGCCGACCAGUCAAUGGUCAUUGACCACGUUGUCCCGGCCGUGAAGGGUUUCUUCAAGUCUAUUGCCCUGUCUGCCGGCAGCUCCCUCCAGGACACGCUCCGGUUGCUCACAAUGUGGUUCGCACAUGGAGGCAGCGCGGAUGUCAAUACGGCCGUCACGGAAGGGUUCGCCAACGUCAGCGUCGACACCUGGCUUGAAGUCAUCCCGCAGCUCAUUGCCCGAAUCAACCAGCCUAACAAGCGGGUGCAGCAGUCGGUGCAUAACCUGUUGGCUGACGUGGGACGAGCUCAUCCCCAGGCGUUGGUGUACCCUCUCACAGUUGCCAUGAAGUCUUGGCAGAACACCCGCCGAUCUCGGUCUGCCGCGCAGAUCAUGGAUAGUAUGCGACAGCAUAGCGCAAACCUGGUCGCCCAAGCUGAUACUGUCAGUCAUGAGCUGAUCCGAGUUGCUGUGCUCUGGCAUGAACUCUGGCACGAGGGCUUGGAGGAAGCCUCGCGAUUGUACUUUGGCGAUCACAACAUUGAAGGGAUGUUUGCGACACUAGAGCCACUUCACGAGCUUCUUGAGCGUGGACCGGAGACGCUUCGCGAGAUCUCGUUUGCUCAGGCAUUUGGCAGAGAUCUCAAGGAGGCACAAGACUGGUGUCGCCAGUAUGAGACCAGCCAGGACGUCAACGACCUUAACCAAGCUUGGGAUCUGUAUUACCAGGUUUUCAGGAGGAUCUCUAGGCAGCUUCCUCAAGUGACGACCCUGGAGUUGACGUACUGCUCGCCCAAGCUGCUCAACGCCAAGAACCUAGACCUUGCGGUUCCUGGUACCUACAAGAGCGGGCAGCCAAUUGUGCGAAUCAUGUCCUUUGAGACUACCUUCAGCGUCAUCAACUCCAAGCAACGACCCCGAAAGCUCAACGUCAAUGGAAGCGACGGCAAAUCAUACGCCUUCCUGCUCAAGGGUCACGAGGAUAUUCGACAAGAUGAACGUGUCAUGCAGCUGUUUGGCCUUUGCAACACUCUGCUUUCUAAUGACUCGGAGUGUUACAAGCGACAUCUCAACAUUCAGCGAUAUCCCGCCAUUCCGCUGUCGCAGAAUUCCGGUCUCCUCGGAUGGGUACCAAACAGUGACACCCUGCACGUGCUUAUUCGAGAGUAUCGCGAAAGCCGUAAGAUUCUUCUUAACAUUGAGCAUCGCAUCAUGCUUCAGAUGGCUCCCGACUACGACAACCUUACACUGAUGCAAAAGGUUGAGGUCUUUGGCUACGCCCUCGAUAACACGACUGGCCAAGAUCUGUACCGCGUCUUGUGGCUCAAGUCCAAGUCCUCCGAGGCUUGGUUGGAGCGUCGUACCAACUACACUCGUUCCUUGGGUGUCAUGUCCAUGGUGGGCUACAUCUUGGGCUUGGGCGAUCGACAUCCCUCCAACUUGAUGUUGGACCGUGUCACUGGAAAGAUUAUCCACAUUGAUUUCGGUGAUUGUUUCGAAGUUGCCAUGAAGCGAGAGAAAUACCCCGAGCGGGUUCCAUUCAGAUUGACUCGCAUGCUGACCUACGCCAUGGAGGUCAGCAAUAUUGAGGGCAGCUUCAGGAUCACCUGUGAGAACGUUAUGAGAGUUCUCCGGGACAACAAGGAGAGUGUCAUGGCCGUUUUGGAAGCGUUCAUCCAUGACCCGCUCCUGACAUGGCGUCUGACCAACGCUGCAUCGCCUACUGGACCAACCUUUAGGUCGGACCGUGAGACAGCGUUGGCUGGACCUGGUGCCCCAAGACCGAGACGCCAAUCCAUCCUGGAAAGUGACGUCGCGCCCUCUGAGCUCCUCAACGCUGCCGAAGCGGUCGUACUGCCUGCACCUAGGGCCCGCGCGCGUACGAACAGCUCCGCAGCUCCGGACGGAAACCUGGUCAAUGGUGCCCAGGAGGUGGAGAGCCAGAAUGCUAGGGCCAUCGAGGUGCUUGAUCGCGUCUCUCAGAAGCUUACAGGACGUGACUUUAAGAAUAACGAAGAGCUGGACGUCAUCAACCAGGUGAACAAGCUCAUUAUGGAGGCUACCAAGCUGGAGAACCUGUGCCAGCACUACAUAGGAUGGUGCAGUUUCUGGUAA